AUGAGCCACUAAAGAAAAACUCAAAAGAAGAAGACUAACCAAAAAGAAAAGCCUGUUAAACCUGAAGGACCUUUCUUUUUAUUCAAGAAUGAAGUAUUAAGUGAUAUCUAGAAAGAUUUACCUGAUGAAUCUCUCUCUAAAAUCAAUGAAAAGAUUUCAGAAUAAUGGAAUGGCUUAUCAGAAAAAAAAAAGAAAAAGUAUGAGGACGAACACUUGAAGCUUCUCGAGGAGUAUGAACAUCACUUAAAAGAGUGGAAUGAGUAGCAUGCUCCUGCUGAUAAUGAAGAAUAAAAUAAAGAAGAAGAAACUGAUAAAGUAAAAGAAAUGGAAGCUGAUAGUCAUCCUACUCCUAAUCGUAAAGGUAUUAAAAAGUCAAAAUCAACUACUAGUGGUUCCAGAUCAAAUGCAAGGGCCUCUUAAAAGAAGGCUUCAGCUAGUAAAAGCAAGGACGCAAAGAAGGCAACAAAUAGAAGUGGAUCUAAGAACAAAUCUAACAAUAAGAGUAGAGGAAGCUCAUCAAGCUCUUCUAAAAGAAAUUCUUCUAACUCUAAAUCUAAAGACCAAAAGAAAGCCAACAAUGAAAGAAGUUAAUCUAAGAAUAAUAGAAAUUCCAGAAAAUAGAAUCACACUGAUGAAAAGCAUACUGACAACACUAAAGUUAUGGAAGCUGAAAAAUCAUCAAGCAAGUCAAGAAAAAAUUCCAAAUCUAAAGAACCUUCUAAGUAGAAAGAAAGAAAUUCAACUUCUAAAUCAAAAGGAAAUUAAUCUAGAAGUAACUCAAAAUCAAAGCAAGUAGGAAAAGUCGUAAAGAUGCCUAGAAAAUCAAAUAAAAUGGAAGCUGAAAAUACAUCUAGAAAUAGUUCUAAAUCCAAAUCUAGAGGAAGAAAUAACUCCUCAAAAAAAAGAUAGUCAAAUUCAAAGUCUAAGACAAGACAGGAAUAAUCUCAAAAAAAGAGAAAUUAAAUGAGUGUUGAGAAAUCAGCCACUAAGCCAAGAGGAAGGUCUUAAGUUAAAAAAUCUAUGGAAACUGAACACAAUGUCUAGAGAAGUUCUUCAAAGUCUAAAUCCAAAUCCUCUAAGAAGCACUCAAAAGCAAAAGAAGGUUCUAAAUCUAGAAAAAACUCUCAAUCAAAGCAAAGAAGCAGCUCUAAAUCUAGAAAUAUUUCAUAAUAAAAAUCAAGAAACAACUCAAAAGCAAAAUCAAGAAAUAACUCUAAGUCGAAAUCAAGAAAUAAUUCUAAGUCAAAAUCAAGAAGAGAUUCAAAAUAAGCUCAAUCUAAGUCUAAACAUGCAGGUGAUUCAAAAUCAAAAUCCAGAAACAAUUCAAAGGCAAAAUCUAGAAAUAACUCUAAAUCUAAAUCUAGAAACAAUUCUAAGUCAAAAUCUAGAAACAACUCUAAGUCAAAAUCAAGAAAUAACUCUAAAUCUAAAAGAAGAAGCUCUAAGUAAAUGCAUGCAGAAACUAGUUCUACUAGAAAAAGAUCUGUAUCUAAAGGUAGAAGUAGUUCUAAAUCAAAAAAAGAAUCCUAAUCAAAAUCUAGAAAUGGUUCUAAAUCUAAAUCAAAAGUGAAUGAAAGUAAAAGCAAGGAUGAACAUGCUUCAAUUUCAAAUUAAAAAUCAUCUAAAAAGGAAUAACAUUAGAAUCAUGAUGGCUAAGAUGAAGUCUAAGAACAUAAAAAUAACCAUAAUUCUUCUAAAUCUUCAAAAAUGAGCAACCAUGUCGUUUCAAGAUAGGCAUCAAAUCUCAAUGACAAAGUUUAAUCUGAAGAUCAAAAGUUAAUAAAUUAACAAUCCGACAUGGUUAGUUCUUAAAAAUCUAAUAAAGUGAAUGUUUCUUUGAGUUCUUCUUAAGUUAAAAAUACCCAUCAACAUGCUGAUAUUGCAACUAUCCAACCUGAUUCUUAAAAGAAUUCUAAAUAAAAGGUUGCUUCCAUUCAUAAUAGCUAAGUUUAAGAUACUCAUGCUGUUUAAAAUGCUGAUAAUGGCUUACAAUAAAUGAAUGCUGAACAAUGA